CGGUAUGGUGAUCCCUGGCGCACCUUCUGCAUCUUCCCUUCCGAUGGUGAAAACCUUAACCAAACACUGCAAUUUUGAUGCUGGUUGCAUAAUUGUUUGAGUUGCUCAAAGUUGCCAUCUGCCGUAGACAUUGCAUUGCUGACACUCUUGCUAUCGCAUCAUGCGUGUCACAGAAAGCACACCAAAAACCUUUGAAGGCCUCGACGACGAGGACAAGCCCAUGCCCGACGCCGAGCAGGAGGAGGGAGCGACACAGCUAGAAGCUGAGGACGAUGUCGAAAAGGGAGAAGAGUCCGCUCACGAGGAGGAUGCGCCAGAGGAGGACGAUGAGUCGGCCAAAUCCCCAACCCCUCCACCCGAACCAGUCAUUCGCCGCCGCCGGCUAGGACGGCCUCCCAAGAACCGACCGCCCGAUUGGGAUACCUUACCCAUUGAGCCACCGAAUCCAGACGCUACCCCUCGUCGCCGUGGACGGGGAGGGUGGCGCGGGCGAGGCGGCCGCAAGGGACAGCACUACCAGCCCACCCAGCAGUCGAUUGACAAGGACGGUACGGUGCUCGACAUUGUAGACGACGAGGUGGCCCUUCCCGAAGAUCCAGAGGGGGAGAAGAAGGUUGAUAAGUUGGGCAACCUCAAAGAUGGGCGCGAGUAUCGAUGCCGAACCUUUACAGUCGCCGGUCGCGGUGACCGCCUCUACAUGCUUUCCACCGAGCCCGCGCGUUGCGUGGGGUUCCGCGACUCGUACCUCUUUUUCACCAAGCACAAGAAGCUCUACAAGAUCAUUGUCAACGAUGAGGAAAAACGCGACAUGAUUGAGCGCGAGAUUAUCCCGCACAGCUACAAGGGCCGUUCAAUAGGUAUUGUGACAGCCCGGUCAGUUUUCAGGGAGUUUGGCGCCUUGAUCAUCGUCGGCGGCCGUCGCAUCAUAGACGACUAUGAAGUUGCCAAGGCUCGCGCGGAAGGAGUUGUGGAGGGUGAGUUGGCAGAUCCCAACGACGUCUACGACCCGGACAAGCCAUACAACAAAAACCAGUACGUGGCCUGGCAUGGCGCCAGCGCGGUAUACCACUCCGGGGGACCCUCGGUUCCCCAGCAGAAUGUCAAGGUGGACACCAAGAAACGCCGAGUCGCCGUCAACGACGUGAACUGGCAGCUGGAGCAUGCUCGUGAAGCCAUCCAGUUCAACAGCGUGCUCACGGCUGUACGCCGGGCCAAUCUCAACGGCGUGUACGACAUCCACACCAACCAGAUGCACUACCCCCGCAUCAUGCAACCGACCCACGCGCGGAUCGAGCCCGUUGCCGCCGACAAGGAAGACCCCAACAACCCGUCCGACACAUCAUCAUCAAUCUUCCCACCCCUCAAGCCAGCCAUCUCGCGCAACUUUCUCGUCCUAGACACGCACUUUGAGACUCCGCCCGCGGGCGUCUCGCCCGUGGCGUACGACGUGCCCUUCCGCACGUCGCCCGCCGACGCCGAGGCCUCGGCCGCCGCCGACUUCCUCGCGCCCUUCAAGGGCCUUGCGGCCGUGUCAGACGAGAUUCGGGAUCUGCUCCCCGACGAGUGCCGCGCCGCGUUUGACCAGGCGCGGAACCAGGAACUGGCGUGGUUCUCGCGGUGGGGGGAUGAAAAGGAUGUCGCUGCGCGGAGGGAGCCGGUUGUGGAUAAGGCUAUUGUGCCUUAUUCCAUGAUGCUGGGUUGAUUUACUGCUUGGCGCUGCUUGAUUUGACU